AUGGGACACUACAGCCUUAAGAGCCAGAGCCUCUAUCUUGAUGAUUACAAUGAGCUGCAGAGUUUGUCAUUGGCAAAGUCAACAACCACACAAAGCCCAGGACCAAUCAUAGAGCAAUUCACACUUAACUUCACAAUAACCAACCUCAGAUUCACAACAGACCUAAGGACACCAAGUUCUGCUAAAUUCAGUUCUACUAAGAAAAUAAUGCAACAUUAUAUUGAUCCCCUGCUUCAGAAGAGCAGCAUUGGUCCCUAUUUCACUGGCUGCAGAGUAACAGGAUUUAGGUCAAUGAGUAAUAGGGAUAACACAGGAGUAGACACCAUCUGCAGCUAUGGAAAUGGUUCCCAAGUGCCCAAGUUUAACCAAACUAAGGUUUACCAAGAACUAAAGAACAUGACAAAUGGCAUCACCAAAUUAGGAAUCUAUAACCUGGACAACGAGAGCCUCUAUAUCAAUGGUUACACUGAACCACUUGAGAGAUCAUCUCUGAGCAUAACCACUGCACCGAGACCAACAUCCAGGUUUUUCACACUGAAUUUCACCUUGACCAACCUGCAGUACACAGCAGAUCUGGAUGUGCCAAGUUCCCGCAAAUUCAUUUCCACAACAAAAGUUAUCAACUAUUAUAUUGACCGUCUUUUCAAAAGCAGCAGCAUAAGCUCUGUCUACACAGGAUGUAAAGUGAUGAGAUUUAGGUCUGGGAGACACAGGGAUGACACAGGCAUAGAUGCUGUCUGCAGCUACAACAACAAUGCCAGUCUUGCCACAUUUGACAGAGAAAAAGUUUACCAUGAGCUCAGCACCAUGACAAAUGGCAUCACCAGACUGGGGCACUACAGCCUAGAGAAGAACAGCCUGUACAUCAAUGGUUUCUCCCUCACAGACACAGCUAUGGCCAGAAAGCCCAUCUUGAUUGAAGCUCCAGCCAAAUCAGGCUACAGUUUGACUUUUAGAAUAGUCAAUGAAAACCUAACUAACCCAGACUCUCAGUCUCCAGAAUACAAAGCAGCAGUGGAAAGCAUCAGUAACAAGGUGAACCAACUGUACCGUCAGAGCAACCUGCAAGACCAGUUCCUGAACUGCAGUAUCACAAGGCUGAGGGCUGGAUCCAUAGUGGUUGACUGCCAGUGCUUCUUCCAGUCAGCACCCAGCAUCAACAGAGCUGUGGUUGAAAGGGUUUUUCGGGACAGCACUUCAAAUGCAACUGGACUAUGGCUGGGAAGCAGUUACCAGCUACAAGGGUUCUCAGUAGACAGCUUGGAACUAGCAAUUGAGCCAGCAACUUAUGAAACACCCCUCAGGACCAAGAGAGAAAACUUCAGAUUAAGUUUCAGAAUCUCCAACCUUCCCUACUCCCCGGAACUGCAGGACUCCAGGUCACAGAUGUACCAAGUGAACAAAGAGAAAAUUGAGAAGGAGCUUGAUGUACUCAGAACUAGCAGCCUGCAGGACUACUUUGAUGGCUGUACCCUUGAGAGCUUUGGGCCUGUCAGUGGGAAGACUUACACAAGUGUCGCCUCCAUCUGCAAGCUCACACCCGACCCCUUCUCAAGGGCUUUGCAAAAGCAAGAGGUAUAUGAGGAGCUGAAACGCCUGACACAUGGAUUCACCAAGCUGGGCCCCAGCUAUGACCUUGAAGAGCAGAGUCUGGUUGUUGAAGGUUACUCUCCAGUCAAGGCAGAUGAACAGCCUGAAAGAUCUGGGCUACAGUUCUGGGCAAUUGUCCUCAUCUGCGUUUCCAUCCUGCUUGGCUUCAUUCUCCUCAUCUUGUUAUGCUUCCUGAUUGUCUUCUGCCUAAGAAGAAAGUCACAUCUCUACCAGGUUCAACAAGGCAUGUACGGAGUGUACUUCCCACAUCUGAGCACAAGGAAAGUGCAUUGACAUGACAAAGUCUGUCCUCACAGACCUGCUUGUCCACUGAUGAAGGAAAAA